GCAGGGAAAAGAUACCGCCGAAGAAAUCUUAGGCUAAAGAAGAAGGGAAAGGGCGGGAGCCACGGAGAGGACUACAUAUCCCAGGGUGCUCCGCGCCGGCCAAGUGGCAGAAGCCGGCGGAGUAUCCGCCGCUUGGAAUGCCGGGGGAGGGAGUCGGGCUUCCCAGCAUCCUUUGCCGAGCUCCGUGAGUGACAGGGGGAAGUGUCCGCGCGUGCGCACUUGCGGGAGGGAGGCUCCGAUCGCUCGCCCCGGGUUCGGUUUUCCCAGGGAGGUGCGGCUGAAGCACCAGCGGAGCGAGACAUGGCGGAGAGCGUGUGCAUCGUAGGCGGACCCAGGUACAGGAUCGCGCGCAGUUCUCGGGUCGGGGUUCUGAGAGAAGAGAGCGGCUGGCUCUCUGGCCCCCACGCGACGGGGACGGGAGAGGGACGGAGGGGAAGAGGCGGGGGUGCCUGGCUCUGCCAGGUGCGGCUUCUUGCGCGACUCUCGAGGAGAGCGCUGCAGCUUCCAUGCCAGGUACAGGAUUCAACCCGAUGUAGGGAUAUAUAGCCUUUGCUUUUGGAAUUGCGCGCUGGACCUCGCGUGCAAUUCAGCAGCUCGCGGUCUCCCUUAAGGUGGGAGGAUGUGCUGCUAAGAUAUGGUCGUCCGAAGGAAAGGCUUGCAGUGUAUAGCGUGAGUGUUCACACGUGACGCUUGUAAAGACCCCCGAGUUAAGUCGUGGAUUUCUUCGUGCAUAUGGGGGGCGGGGCAGAGAGGAAAGUGCUCUCUGUGCAGAAAAUAGUGGCUGCAACGAAAUAGUUGCACAUGCCCCAUGGGAAAACCUAAGUGUUUCCCAACUUCUUAGUGCACCGUAGGCCCAGCACAAUCCCGUGCAUCUUUACUCGGAAGCAAGUGUUUGUGCAUUCCAUAGGAUCUACUCCGGAAGUAAGCGAGUUUAGGAUUGCACCCUCAAGCCGCAGCGAAGUUAUAUGGCCGCACAUUAGUUCCAACUGAGUGAUACGAUUGGUUACAUGGGGCUUAAGCGCUACUUUCUCUUACUUUCUCUGUAUUUAUACUGUGGAGAUUCCAGUUACUGUGUAACAAGUUAUGAGUAAACCUUACAAAUACUGUAACGUGUGGCGUUUUUCGUUACGAUGUUGAUUUCAUCAAGUAGAUAGUAGCAAUGUAGUGUAAAGUGACUGCUGUUAUGUUUUGUUGAUAUUCUACAUGCUAUAACAUUUGUUAAGGAAUGCUUUUGAGAAAAGGCUGCAACAAAACUCAUUUUAGAAUAGGAAGAGGGUAGAGGAAACAUAUACCCGAGUACACACACAGUAAUUAUAUAUAAACUUGGGUAUCACUUUCGUUCUACAUAGAUAAUUUAUUAGCAAGGUUUAAUGUUUGUUGGUGACUGUAUCUAUAUUGUAUCUAUUCACCAUUUAGAGACUUUGAGCUGGGGCGGGGGGGGGGGGGGAGCCUGAAACUUUAAGGCAAAAUGUGGUUCUGGCUGCUUAUCCCCAUCUGCAAUGUUGCUUUGUUUUAUUUGACCUCUUAUCAUAAGCGGCCUUGAGCAGCUUGAGUAAAUAACAGUCCAGUAAUUGGGAUGCUCAACAAUACUGAACCAAAGGCAUUCUAAUUGUCUUCUUUCAUUAUUCAUGUGACCUUUUUUUGUUAGCAUAAGCCUGACAAGGAAUAAUCUGUUACAUGUGAAUAUUCUUGGUAUUAUCAGCUUGUCACUUCCCAGACUCUCUCUUUAAGAACCAAUAAAAAGAUCAUAGCUCUCUUAUAAGUGCAUUAUUGCUCUUUUUAUGCUCGGAGAGAAGCUUGCAUACCUUACAAACAAACAUUUUAAAGCAAUUAGCGCAGUGCAGAAUGCCAAAUGGUCGGUGCAAAAGUAGUAAUUGACUCUACUCCAGUUCGACAAAGAUGUUUUUAAUAUACCGUAUAACUGGAUGUGGUGAUUCAAGCCCCAGUCCAAUAGCUUUUCUAUCUACUCUGUUUGAGCCCAAAGACUUCUAAUUGUCCUGUGGGACUUCUAAAUUUUUCUCUUCCAAACAAUGGAUUUCCACACCAUAUCACAAACUCCUUUUGAAGAUUUUGGAAAGGGUUGUAGUACAGUGCUUUGCAUGCAGAAGGUUUGAUUGGGAAUGCCCCAUGCCUGAAAUCCUUGAGAGGAGUUGUCAGUAGUUCACUGUAGACAGUACUGAGCAAGAUGGACUUAAUGGGCUGACUCAGUAUGAGGUCACUUCCCGUGUUGCUUGUUUGAAUUUUAAAAAUGAAAGCACCAUAGAAUUGUACAGUUGGAAGGGAACCUGAGGGUCAUCUAGUCCAAUCCCCUUCAACACAGGAAUCUCAACUAAAGCAUCCAUGGUAAAUGGCCAUCCAGUCUCUUCUUAGAAACCUCCAAGGAAGGUGAGCUCCCAAGGGAGCCUGUUCCACUGUUGAACAGCUGUAACUGUCAGAAAGUUCUUCCUGAUAUUUAGUUAGAAUCUUCUUUCUUGUAACUUGAAGCCAUUGGUUCAGUUCCUAUCCUCUGGAGCAGGAGAAAACAAGUUUGCCAGCAGUUCAAACUCAUACUGUAAAUGUUUCUAGGUGUGUGAUCCUCUGGAUUUGGGUAACUAUGUGAAACCAGGUGUGGAGAAUGGAUUCAUAUUACAAUUCUGCACUUCAUCUUCCUAUAUUUGUCAGAUUACCAUCAGAAAGGUCAGCAUUCUGGAUCUUCCAGUUUUUUGCCUUUAUGCAAAGUAUAAACUUAAAGCAAUCCUGUCAAAAAGCAACAAUCAAAAAUAAGAACCAGCAGCAGAAAUUAUACAGUUGAAACCUUCUAAUAUAAAACAUGUUUUGUUUCCAUAUAAAAAGAUACCAGGAAGGUACUCCAUAGUCCAAGCACUACGGCCAAGAAGGCUUUGUCUCUCAUGCUUGUUCACAUAACCACCCAAGAUGUUGGCAUAAAGAACAGCAGCUCUGGGACAGACCCUUCUUGAGGUAGCAAGGUUCAAAAUUGUUUAGCAGUGAUGGCCAAACUUGGCCCUCCAGCUGUUUUGGGACUACAAUUCCCAUCAUCCCUGACCACUGGUCCUGUUAGCUCAGGAUGAUGGGAGUUGUAGUCCCAAAACUACUGAAGGGCCGAGUUGUUGCUUUGAAAGGAGCCUAGAAACCAAGUAAUCAGUGAAACUGAAACAAGGUUGGAGUUCUGUGCUUCAGUUGUUGGGCUGCAGGCAAAAGUCUGGCUACCACAUUUUGAAGAAAUCAACUUUUCACCAUUCACAUUUUAACAAGGCAAGUGCACAAUAGGCUUCUUCCUCAAAACAGUUUGUAGCACACAUCUUUCUGUUCACAGUUAGUGAAUUCAGGAAGAUUUACAUCAUUGAGUUGCCCUAUAUGAUCUAUUCAAUGUCUUAGUUAUACUAUCUAGUUUUGUGCAACAAUAUGUCCAGACACUUCUGUUCUCCCAUAGGGCAUUGGUGCUCAGCAUUGUCAUUUGAAAUGUAAUCCAUGGUUCAUGAGCUGUCCGAGUGAAUCUACAGAGGGAUGAGCCAGACGCAUGACUCAUUUUUCCGAACACAUUUUAUUUCUCAUAGCCAAGAUCCCUUCCAUUUGGGGAGAUCCUUACCUUGGAUGUUAGAAAGAAUUGAAGCACGGCCGUCUCUGUAAUGUCCAAAGGGCCAGUCCAGGCCUGGCAACUCUCUUUCUAAUCUUCUCAGCAUGCUAUGUUUGAAACACCUGUUGGACUACAUGCAAGAUCUGCAGACACUACAAAGAAAAAUUCCAGCUGAUGUUUUAACAAGCAACUCUUUAAGUGAUCAUACGUCUUCAAUUAGUUUUGUGCACUGGUGGUCAAACCCUUUACUUGAAGGGGAGACUCCCAAAAAUUCCUUCACCUUUGCAGGCAAACAAUAUUUUCAGUAGCAAACAUUCUCCUUGAGGCCUAAAAAAGGGGCAAGACUAGUGGUAUAAUUCCAGUUGCCUGCUCUUGCAUAAUCCCUCUUCAUUUGAGACGAAUUGUGAAAUCAUUUGUAGCUGAGUUAGCAAGAUGGGAAGAUGCUGAAGAUGUAAACAAAAGAUUCCCUUGCUCCCUUGACUCAUGGGAAAUCCUUGUCUGUUCCAGGUUCUCUACAGUAGGCUAAAGGUAAAUUCACUCGGAAAUACGACAUUCUGUGUCUCUAGAGACCUUUCCUGUGGGCGUGCACCAAUAUACAAGUAGUCCAUGUACAUGCCUAGGGAUGAAGUAUUACCUUGUCAGCUACUUAUUUAUUUCAUAUAAUUUAUAUACCGCUUAAUCGUAGAAAAGAACUCAAAGUGCUUUCCAAAAAAGGUGCAACAAUGAUAUUAUCACUAAAAAAAUUACAGUCAUACCUCGGGAUAAAUACGCUUCAGGUUGAGCGCAUUCGGGUUGUGCUCCGCGGCGACCAGGAAGUAACGGAGCGCGUUACUUCCAGGCUUCACUGCUCGCGCAUGCGCAGACGGUCAAAAUGACUUCACGUGCAUGUGCGGAAGCGGCUAAACGCAGCACGCGCAGACACACUGUCACGUCUUACGUUAUGUUCAGGAUGUGAACCGGGCUCCAGAACGGAUCCUGUUUGUAUCCCAAGGUACCACUGUAUACAGCAAUAGUUUUAAACAUGCAAAAAGUGAAAACAAAAACAGGCUGAAACAAAUUAAAACUCGCACCAGCUUUCUAAACAUUUGGGUAGGCUUGUCUGAACAAGAAUGUUUCUAGCAGGUGCCAAUAAGAAUACAGUGAAGGUACUUGAUUGAUAUUAAUAGUCAUAUGGGUCAUAUGAAGGCUCAGUUGCCUGCCCAGUCUUUUGGGCAGCAAUGGGGAACCUGUGGUCUUCCAAAUGUUGUUGGACUCUGAAUUCGCACCAUUCUAUCCAGCAUGUCCAAUGAUCUGGGGUGAUAGGAGCUAUAGGCCAUCAACAUUAGGAGGCCUACAGGUUCCCCAUCCCUGCUGUAGUGAGAACUUGGUCCAUGAUGGCAGAUCAAAAGGUAGUCUUCUCAAGAGCAGUCUCUGUAGCUUCUCUAGUUGAGGAUGCCAAAUGGUUUUCUCUCGUGGUUAAAGUGUGGAACUAGGACCUUGAGGGACCUGGGUUCAAAUGCCCACUCAGCCAUGAAGCUCAUCUUGGGACAAUCAUUGCUUCUCAGUCUAACCUACCUCACAGGGUUGUUGCUGGGAUUAAAUCAGGAGAACCACGUAUACCAACUUUAAGAAGAUUUUUUGUUUUGUUUUAAAAAAGCUAACAAUGGGGAGAAUCUAGCUGCAUCUAGCUCUUUAGAAAUGAUCCAUUUUCAAUGUAGAUUUUGACUCCUAUAUAUGCCUGUUAGUUUGUAUUAGAAACCUGCCCAUUUCCCAUUGGGUGCCUAUAUCCUAGCGACAUCUUCCCUGACAUAAAAAUUGCAUCCCUUCUGUGUGCAUUAUGGCAGGCAGGUCUCCAUUCAACGGCUCUUUAAAUAGCACUAGGAAGAAAAGAAGACCGAGUUCUCUUUGUUGGUUUUUAUCUUUUCUUUUUCUUCUCUGUAGUGUUUUUCUGGAGAUCUUAAAUGACAGCUUGUGAACUUUCUGAUGUUUGGUUGUUUUUAUUUUCUAAUUCCCAGAGUGUGAGAUACAUUCACUGUCUUCUGAUUUCUCACCUAUGCAUCACACCAAAUGUGUGUGUGUGUGAGAGAGAGAGAACCUACUAAGUAUGUUUUAAUUCUCUGCUGUAGAAUGUUAGGGAUGUGUGUUUUCUGGAAAAUGUUGGCAUAGAAAACAUUCCUAAGUAAAUUGAAGCAAUUUUCACAGAAAAAUUUAUAAUGCCUUAGAGAACAAUCUAGUAUAACAUGUUAAUUUUACUUAUACUGAGUCAAUUAAGUUAAAAAUGGUUGCUGCCAAGCUUGCCGAAUACUGUACAUGCAAUUGGCAUGAUUAGUAAUGAACUCAAAAAAUGGACAGAUUUCCAUGGGAAAGCAAAGCACUAGAAAAUUCCCACCCCACAUCCCAAUUCUUUAUUCCAUGGCAUAAAUGUGUACUGUACUGGAAAUGAAUACUUCACCUGAAGUUCUGAAGGACACAAAUAUGCAAGAUUCAAGUAGGUAGCCAUGUUGGUCUGACGCAGUCAAAAGAAAUAAUAAUAAUAAAAAAUUGUCCAGUAGCACCUUAGAGACCAAUUAACGUAGUUGGUCUCUAAGGUGCUACUGGACAAUUUUUAAAAUAUCUUUACAAAUAUGCAAGCAGAACAUUGCACAAAUGGAGAGACACUCAUAUUCAUAUUGGUGCUUUAGAUUGCUCUGUGCAAAUAUAUGCAUCCGGCUGUGAUCAGUGAGGUAAAUGGCAAAGAGCUCUUGCACAGAGAUCUUUAUGAAUGCUGUGAAUUUUUGACUCUGCGCCCCCCCCCCAGAAAAAGAUGCACAAAGAAAAUGUGAACUUUAUGCAAAAUUAAAGCAGUAUACGUAUAUUCCUCACUUUUGUAAAACUUGACCUUUUUUUCCUAGUCAGACAUAAAUUGAAUUUUCUCUGGGUGAAGCAUGGGCUAAACCUCUGAGUUUAUGAUCCCUCUUCUGAGCAUUCUUCACACACUUUCAAGACUGACUUUAAAGCUUCUGUGAGCAGAAGAGGAAGGCAAGCAAUGUUUAGCAACUUCCGCUGCCCCUUGCAGCCCCUUGGAGACUCCCCCAAUCCUCUGGAGCAGAUUUAGGGGAUGUAGGGAGGGGGAAUUGACAAAAACGUCCUCCCCACCGCACCUAAAUGUUUAACUGUAUAUCUGGGACGUGUACAUUGUAACAUGCUACAAUAAUAUACCAGUUCUGAUAUAUUAGAGGCCAAGUUUGUUAAACAGGUAUCUUCAAAUUGUUACUAGUUACUGUUUAUUAAUGUAUAAAUUGCUUAUAUGCCAAGUUGGAUUCUAAGCUAUUUACAUCUAUAAAAUCAAUUAUAAAAUAGAUAUAAACUAAUGGGGUUCCCUUUGCCAGUUGGAAAGCCCUAUUUAUGCAUUGAAACAGAAGAUGCUUUUGGAAGUAAUUUAAAGAGUGGUUUCCUAAAUUAUUUCCUGUAUGUAUGAUUAUUUGUAUACUAUCCUGUUUCUUACACCUUGCAGUAUUUUAAAAUAUAUAUUUUGUCAGCUUUCAACUAUCUGGGUGUGAGGGCUUUGUAACUGUAUGGAGAAAUCACAGUUCUUUUAGCAAAAUGUUAACUAUCUUGCUAAUAAUAAUAAUUAUUAUUCUCUGUUUUUCUAGUAAAGAUCCAUAAAAAUCCAGUGCUGAUCACAGUGACUUCAAAACAGAUUUUUAAAGAAGAGAAUGCUUAAAUGAAGAGAUACUGUGCUUGAAACGUGAGUCAAAGAUUUUAUUAAAGAUGUUCAGCAGACGCUGGUCAUCAGGUUUAUACUGCUUUAAAUUAUUACACGCACACCCCAAAUAAAAUCUAGGUGGUUGUUUCCUUCUAAUAUAAAGAGCAAAACUGAAUAUAUUUUUUUAGCAGCAAGCAUUCUUUGUGAUAUUUUGGGGCAUGUCUCUUUGUUCCUGAGAUCAGAAUGUGAACCCCAGGUUGUUAAUAGAAGCCAGUAUCUGCAACUAAUUCCUGUAUUUUUUUUUUUUAUAAUGUGGCUGAUCUCACUGAUGGGGGUGGGAAAUGACCUGAAACCCUGACAAGGAACAAUUAGUGAAAGAAUAGUUUGAAUUUUCCAUAAAUUUGCUUUUGGAGACCAGCACUGUAUGGUGGUUAAGAGGCAGAGCUGUGAAACUAUAGUGCUGUGAGCUAGGAGUAAUUAUUUACUGCUGGGAUACUUCAGUUGGUGGAGCAUGAGACUCUUAAUCCCAGGAUUGUGGGUUCAAGUCCCGUGUUGGGGAAAAGAUCCCUGCAUUGCAAGGGAUUGGACUAGAUGACCCUCAGGGUCCCUUCCAACUCUACAAUUCUCUACUUCUAUGAUUCCUAUAAACUCAAUCUAGCAGCUCAAUCUUAAGUAUGUAUUCUCAUAAGGAAUCAUCAUUUGUGUUCAGUAGGGCUAACUCCCAGGUAUGGGAUUGCAGACUAAAAUCUUAUCCCCUCGCCAUCUAAAACAGGGAUGAACACUACUACCCUGACUCCUCUUGUUAUCUCAGGAUUCAGGUUUGUAGGUUUCUAAAAAAUUAAUUCUAUUAAUCCUAUUCUAAUUCUAUAAAAUUAAUUUUAUAACGAAUGAUUUUAGACUGUUGUUUAUGCUGUACUUUUGUACUGUUUUAUUGUUGUUAGCCGCCCUGAGCCCGGCUUCGGCUGGGGAGGGCGGGAUAUAAAUAAAAUUUAUUAUUAUUAUUAUUAUUAUUAUUUCUCCUUUGCACCAUUCAUAUGACCGCACUGGCAAAAUACCAGUAGGUGAGAACACUGAAAUAUAUGGCUUGGAUUUAAACACUCUGGAGGGCACCAGGUUGGCAAACGCUGUGCUAGUUAAAUCAGCCAUUUUGAUUUGCAAAUGCCGAUUUUUACGGAAAAAAAUAUUGUUAAGACAUGUUUGAAUCUGUUCCACAGCUAUAAUUUUUGAGAGCUCCGGAGAAGAUGGCUUAUGUUAACCUAAAGGAAAUUGCACUAAUAGUUGGAGUGGUGGCAGCUUGCUAUUGGAACAGCCUGUUUUGUGGCUUUGUUUUUGACGACGUUUCAGCCAUUUUGGACAACAAAGAUUUGCAUCCUUCUACUCCUUUAAAAAAUCUCUUCCUGAAUGACUUCUGGGGGACUCCUAUGUCUGAGGUAACUGAUUAUCAUCCUGUAGAAAUAUUGACAGCAUUUUUGAAAUGUCUUGCUGAGCCGAAACAUUGGCCACAUUAGGACAAUCAUAUAUUGGCUUAAACUGGUUUUUGAUUGAGGCGGGGGUUUUUUGCCUGUGUCUGCAUCCCCUUCCCUCCCAUUUUGCAAGCUUCAAUUAGGUCAGGAAAUCUCUAACCAUGAUUUCCCAUUCCACCCAUACUGGGAAAGUAGGGUUACCAGACUUGAAACGAACCAGAACGUUUCACAGUUUGAACUAGUUUGAGAUCUUGGCUUGUUCAGAAACCAGUAACUCAACCUUCCUAGAUUGGGAAAUGGUGGUUUGUUAGAAAUUUCUUGGUUUAGAUGUUACUCCUGCAAAAGGAGGAGUGAAGGGGCUUGGUUCAAAAGCUGUAUGCAGACAAAUGCCAGCUCCCUCGGCCUAUAGAGUGAGAUGAGCGCACAACCCCAGAGUCGUCUGCGACAGGACCUAACGGUCAGGUGUACCUUUACCUUUAUUAAGCUGAUGUAUAAUUAUCUGAAGUAGGCCAGUGGCUCGCAACACCCAAACUUUAAAGUUUUUUAUGAGAUUUUUUAAAAAGCUGAAAAAUUAGUAUUAUACCUUCCAUAAACUUUAUUUUGUAAUGUAUAUGUUCAUAGUCUUGAUCAUGGGUAGACAAACUAAGGCUUGGGGGCUGGAUCUGAUCCAAUCGCCUUCUAAAUCUGGCCCGAGGAUGGUACGGGAAUCAGCAUGUUUUUACAUGAGUAGAAUGUGUCCUUUUAUUUAAAAUGCAUCUCUGGGUUAUUUGUGGGGCCUGCCUGGUGUUUUUACGUGUGUAGAAUGUGUGCUUUUAUUUAAAAUGCAUCUCUGGGUUAUUUGUGGGGCAUAGGAAUUCGUUCAUCAUUUUUUUUCCAAAAUAUAGUCCACCCCCCCCCAAGGUCUGAGGGACAGUGGACCAGCCCACGGCUGAAAAAGGUUGCUGAUCCCUGGACACAAAGGAAUACAGGGACAUUGAAUAUAAUUCAAGCUGUAGUACCAAGAGAAGAGCAAUAUUUCUUUCUCUAUGUCCAAUUCAUGACUUCAUGAGCUGGUACAAAUGUUGCCAAAAUAACAGCACCCUUAAAAAAAAGAUGGGAGGUAUUGGCAGAGCCAGGUAACCAUGAGGUUUGCAGGAGCACCAAAAAUGUCUGUUAAAAAAAACAAGUAAGGACCCAAUGGCUACGGAUUGCUGUCUGAUUGGGUUGAGUACGGGAUUGUAGAGCAAGUGGGAAGUGGAAUGGAAUGGGGCCACUAAGAGGAAGAGGAACAAAGAUAUAACAAGGCACAGAGAAGGGAAAGAGUGGCUAGAACCCCGAACAGAAGCCCUCCAAUCUGCAGCAGUUUGUUCUAGGGCUCUGCUUGUAUGAUCUAGACACCGAGCCCCAUCUGCAAAACUGCAAGAUUUGCAGUAAACAAAUAAUCAAAGGACAUAAGCUCACAGGGGAGUUGGGACAGGUUCUUUUUAUAUGCUACUGGGGUGAACAGGCAGAAUUGGGGUGAAUGCAUCCAAAGCUCAGAAAGACAUCAGGGAACCUCCCAAGCUUCCAUCAAGUCUUCUCCACAAGCCAGCAAACUUGGGAGAGCAGUGGGAAGUUCUCACAUUGUGCUGAGCUUUAUUAAUGUAGAGUACGAGGCUUUCUUAUGAAUUCUGUACAAUGCCCAGCAAUUUCAGGGGCAAGGAUUUGUGUGUGCAGUCAAACAGAAUCCGUUCUGGAAGUCCGUUCGUCUUCUGAAACGUUCGAAAACCAAAGCGCAGCUUCUGAUUGGCUGCAGGAAGCUUCUGCAGCCAGUUGGAAGCAGCGGAAGCCCCAUCGGACGUUCGGCUUCUGAAAAGAACGUUCAAAAACCAGAACACUCACUUCCAUGUUUGUGGUGUUUGGGAACCAGAAUGUUCAUCUCCCAAAGGGUUCAGGAGCCGAGGUACGACUGUAUUGCUUAAGGUAGGGUUUUUUGCUGCUAGUGACCAUAUUUGUGAAGCCUGCAUCUGAGCAAUAUCUUUCUGAAUGUUGGGAGGUUUUCUUUUAUGGUGUCUGCCUUCUUGGGAAGACUCAACUAUUUGCAAUGUGUCUUGCUUUUAGGCUUCUGAUUUUAUCCUCUAGUUGAGCUAUUUUACCCCAAAGAUGGAUAUAUCCCCCCCCCCCCACAGUUCGAUCUACAUGUGGGUCUGUGUGUUUUUGUUUUUUAGGAGCGAAGUCACAAGUCAUACAGGCCGCUCACUGUGCUCACGUUCCGUUUGAACUACCUGUUCAGCGAGUUAAAUGCUGUCUCUUACCACUUCCUGAACGUCAUCUUCCAUGCAGCUGUUUGUAUUGUCUUCCUCAAGGUCUGUAAGCUUUUCUUGGACAACAGGAGCAGUUUGGUUGCUUCCUUACUCUUUGCAGUGCAUCCAAUACACACUGAAGCGGUAAGUAAACCUGAAAAGCCUCUGCUGAGUUCUUGUUAAAGAAUAGUUCUCUUAACGACAAAUGACAAACUAUCAGCAAUGACAGUCUUGUAUCUAUCUUGGGAAGGAGAAUAGGAACAUAGAAAGCGGCCUUGUAUUGAGUCAGACCUAAAUCAGACCGUGGUGUGUUGAAUUUGUCAACUUUCAAAUUCCAACAAUCUCAAGAAGUUGGUUUGGCACGGUAAAAAAAAGUUCCAAGAGUACAACUGGAGCAUUUUUUUGUCAUCUUCUCUGUGGUAGGUUUCAAUGACAGGCAUUGAAGUAAGCUGUCACUUGUCUUUAAAAUGAGCUUACCUUGUUGGCUGUGGGAAUUGUAUCAGGGUUAACUACAAAGAGAAUUCUGCUAGCUACAUAGUUCAUUUGCAUGAACAAAUCCUUUGGAUGAUGGCCUAGAUUAAUAUGUUAAUUUUCUCUCUCUGUUUCUUUCCAUCCCUGUUAAGGCAUGGGCUGAAGCUCAGUGGUAUAGCUCAUCCUUUGCAUUCAAAACGUCCCAGAUUCAACCCCUGAUUUUUCUAGACUGGCGAAGGUCCCCUCUCUGUAACCCUGGAGACUCAUGGCCAAUGUUGACUAUACAGUGGUACCUCUGGUUUUGUAUCCUUUGGGUUACGCACGCGGCAAACCCAGAAGUAUUUUUCCGGGUUUCGCUGCAUGCGCAGAAGCGCUCUACCAUGCGCAUGAACAGAACAGGCACCUCCAGUUGCGAAUUCCUCGGGAUCCGACCAGAGCUCCGAAAUGGAUUCCGUGCACAACUGGAGGUACCACUGUACUGAGCUAUAGGGUCUGACUUCAUAUAAGGCAGUUUCCUUUCUUCCUGUUGCAGUGUUCAGUUUGGGCAGUUUCAUAAGCCUGACUGCUCCUUGAGCCCCUUUUCGAAAGAUACACUUUGUCUGUGAGUGCCAUCAAUAUCUUAGCUUUUGCAUCAUGCCCUCCAGAUGUUGUGAACUCCAGCUCCCAUCAUCCCCAACCAGCAAGUCCAGUGCUCAGGAAUGCUGGGUGUUGAAUUCUGGUCGGCUUUUCAUUGUCUGGUUUAGUGCUUCAAAGGCAGCAAGCGGCACUUUGAACUAGACCAGGAAACAAACCAAUGCAAAGGGUAUUACGUGCUCCCAUCACUUGAUUCCUGCAGGCAGCUGCCUUCUGAACCAAUUGAAGCUUCUGAAUUUAGCCAGAUAAAUCAGUGUAGAGCAGUGCUUCUCAAGCUAUCUGAUCUGGGGGACUGUACCAUACAGUGGUACCUCGGGUUAAGUACUUAAUUCGUUCCGGAGGUACGUUCUUAACCUGAAACUGUUCUUAACUUGAAGCACCACUUUAGCUAAUGGGGCCUCCCGCUGCUGCUGCCCUGCCGGAGCACAAUUUCUGUUCUCAUCCUGAAGCAAAGUUCUUAACCCAAAGUACUAUUUCUGGGUUAGCAGAGUCUGUAACCUGAAGCGUAUGUAACCCGAGGUACAACUGUAUUUAGUCCAUGAAGCACCCUGCCCAAGCUGGGCUGUGAUAUUGUUGUUGUUAUUAUUUAUUGAAUUUAAAUACUGCCCUAUACCUGGGAGUCUCAGGGCAGGGUAAUAGAGUCGCUGAGGAUGAGCAGCCAGUGACUCGCAGACCAGCACCAGCCUGUGUACCAUCACUUUGAGUAGGACUGGAGUGGAAGUUUAACCAUGGAUUUGAAAUGCAAGUUCUAAACAUGGCUGAUCAGUUGUAGAAAUAAACAACAUUGAAGGUUUAUAACAGUCAAACUCCAAGCACUCAAGUCCUGGGAGAUGGUUCUGCUAACUGAAUAUGUUUUAUGUUCCUCUGUGGUGCUUUUAUAACCUACUAAAAGCCUCAAAAAAUGAACAGUACAUUUAUUAUGGCAAAGGUCAGUCUUCCCAAUCUGGUGCCCACCAGAUAUUUUGGGCAAUAACUUUAUUCGGCACCAACCAGUAUGACCAGUGUUCAGGAAUGGUGGUGGUCUUGUAGCCCUUGGAGGGCGCCCUGGGAAAGGCUGAGCCCUCUGGAAAUUGGUGCAUGCAUGUCUUUUUGAGCAAGCACUUGCGCAUGUUGCACAUGGUGAGACUAUAAAUGCAUCCACCGAAAAUGUCAUUGGUUAGGCAUGCUUUCUCACCACGUUUUGUACAUAAAAAACAGAGCAAUCCGAAUUAGGAUUUGAGUACUUCCAUUUAUCAGCCACAUGAGGGCACACUAAUGCUAUACUUGACAUCGUCCGUCACCAAAGUAGUGGAAGCUCACUCCACUUGUCUUUGCUUUCUUAUUUAGUUUACUUUGGGUACAGGUGCCCCUAAGGAUUGCAUUUAUCCUGUAGUCUUUGUUCAUCACUUGCAUAGCUGCUUUAUUUUCUGUCUUUACACCCUAGUUUUGUUUACCUAAUGAUCACUCUCUCCUCUUCUGUUUAGGUAACUGGUGUAGUGGGCAGAGCGGAGCUUCUCUCCUCCAUCUUUUUCCUAGCUGCUUUUUUGUCAUAUACCAGGUCCAGAGGUCCAGAAAACACGAUUGGUAAAUACCUGCUUUGGGUCAUGUAGUUUUAUUCACAGACACAAUGACCUCUAAGGGUGUAGUCCGCAAAAGAAAGCUAUCAAAACUGUCCUUUGUGUUGGUCUCUGGUGCUCCUUUUUCUUCUGGAAAAGGUGGAGUACUAAUAGUGCAGUCCUAGUAGUAGUAGUAGUUCUUACUACCAGUGGUAUACCAGUAGUAGUACACUACUGGUAAGAAUUGGUGAGUGUGAGUAAGAGGCACUCUUCUUAAAUCAAUGCAUUCUGGUUGUUUUUACUCCUCAUUCAAACCCUGUUUGGCCUCAAGCAUCAUUAGGAACAUAGGAAGCUUCCCUUGGUUAUCCAUUGGAACAUAGGAGUCAGACCAUUGGUCCAACCAGUUCAGCAUUGCCUGUGCUGCCUGGAAGUGGCUUUUCAGGGUUUUAGAUGGGAGUCUCUCUCAGCCCUGCCUGGAGAUAAUGCAGGUAGGAAAGGAGCUGCUAGGAUGGAUUCUUUUCAUCUGAAUGUGCUUGUUAAAAUGCCAGUUUUAAGUUCAUUUUAAAGGAACAUAGAGCCCUACUUGCCACCUCUAAAAACUUCAAAAACAGGCAGCGUAUACAAGGAUUGCUUUCUAAGUCUGUGUCAGUAGGUGAGAAUGCUACAUUAUUGUUAGCUUUCGGUACAGUAGUACCUUGGUUCUCAAAUGCCUUGGUACUCAAACAACUUGGAACCCAAACACUGCAAGCCCAGAAGUAAGUGUUCCGGGUUGCAAACUUUUCUCGGAAGCUGAGCGUGCUCCCAUUUGGGUAUUACGCUGAAGUCUGUCUGUUUUUGUUGUUUUGCAUUUUUGCUUUUGUGGCUCUUUUUGUUUUGUUUUUGUAACUGUUUGGAACCCAGUUCAGCUACUGAUUGAUUGAUUGAUUGAUUGUGUGACUGCAGUACAUUGUUUAUUGUUUUCAUUUUAUGGAUCAAUCGUCUUGUCAGAAAGUAAAAUUCAUGUUAAGUUGCUGAUUUAGGGGUUGUUUUUAAAAGUCUGGAACAGAUUAAUGCAUUUUGCAUUACUUUCUAUGGAAAAGCACACCUUGGUUUUGGAACGCUUUGGUUUUGGAACGGAUUUCCAGAACGGAUUAAGUUUGAGAACCAAGGUACCACUGUACUAGCAGUAGGAAUGCGCUUUGUUCAACCCAGUAUGAUUGACUUGCCCACCUCAUUGAGUCUACAAAAGAAUAAGGAAAUUGAUGAUAGCUCCCAAUUCAUAAAGUAUUGCUGGUCAUGCUCUCGGCAAUUACAAAUAACACCGUUUUCUUUCCCUAGAUUUUUUGCCAGCUAACCGUUUGUCUCUUUUGCAUUUCAGUCUGGACUCCUAUUGCAGUGACUGUGUUUCUGGUGGCUGUGGCAACAUUAUGUAAGGAACAAGGAAUAACAGUAGUGGGAAUCUGUUGUGUCUAUGAAGUAUUUAUAGCUCAAGGGGUAAGGAACUCGUGCAAUCUCAUUCUAAGCCUGUGGUUAACCCAAGAAUUGUGCACAUUUCUAAUUUUGUGAUAAUACGCCGUGCUCAUGUGACCACUUAUUUUAUUUUGUCAUGCUUGGGUGGGUGGCUUGCACCCCUCAAAAGGUUCGUGGCAGCAUAGAACUAAAAAUCAUCUCAAGAUAAUCUAGUCAAUCUUGCUGUGCCAGAACAGACUGACUGACUCACAAUGUACAGUGCCACUGUUGGAGAAAUUUAAAAGGGGUUCCUGGAAUGCAGGUUACCCUCCCAGAAACCAAAAAUAAAAAGGAUGCAGGCUUCAAGUGAAAAAAUAGGCCUUUAUUGAAAUACAAAUGAGCAUAGGGACAGCCUCAAAAAUGAGGAGGCUGUAAAAGAACCACAUCCAAAGAAAUGGGCUUUUAUACAUUUCCAGUUUACACACAUGAUUUCUAUUCACAAAUCAAACCAAGCAAGCUUAAUAAAUGCAACCCAUCAUCCUGAACCAAUAAAAAUAUUUUGGCUCCUCAGAUCAGUCCUCAUCAUAAUAUCAUGUGAUUACAUAUAGCCGUUUUUCAGUGUCUUUCUUUAUUAAGACUUUGAUUAAUUUUCCUAUUCAUUAAAUGUCUCUCGGGAUCCUCUUUCACCUGUCUUCAAAGCAAUUCAAGAUUAAUCACCAUCUAGAGAUGUUUUGAAAGCAUCCCUCCCAGUUGAACAGAACUUCCUUAGCAUCAUUCCACCCUAUUACAAAAUCCUGGGUUUUCUUCUGGCUCCUCUGAGAAGGGCGGGGCAACUGGGGAGGAGAGCGCUGACUCUUUCAUAUUUCUAGAGAUCCACUUCUGAGCCAAUAGGGGAAUAAGUAAUCAAAUAAUCGCCCUACGUAAAUGUAUGCUGCUUACAGUAUAAAAGCUGGGGGGUGGGGAGCAUGCAAGCACCCAACAAAAUAUCAAUAGAAAUGUUUUCAAUUUAAAACAGGCUGACUUUUUAAUUUGGUGAACUUUUAGACUUUUAAAUCAAGGUUUAGAAGUUAUAAUUGUGGUGGUUAAGAAUGAGACAAAUAAGUUUCAUCCCCACACAGACACCCAGUCCUUAAAAUUAACUUGGAAAACAUGCUAUCCUCACGUUCCUUGAAUCUACCUCGUUCUCUUUACUGAAAAGGUUCUCUGAAGUUGUUCAUAAUGUGUGUAUAUAUAAUAUCUGCAUUCUUAGAUAUUUUGCAAGUUUUGGUAAUAAACAUUGUGGGGCAGGGGACUGUCACAAAUUGGAUUUUGGGUUGUGUGUUUUUCUUCCUACUCCUGGGCAGGACCAUAGGUUGGCCAUCCGUGAUAGAUAGAUAGAUAGAUAGAUAGAUAGAUAGAUAGAUAGGCAGGCAGGCAGGUGGAUGGAUGGGUCAGUGGGUAGGCAUCAUUCUCCCGUAAAGCAAAAUAGUUAGGCCUUUAUUUUCAGUAAGAUCUUUUGUCUGAGAUCCAACAAUUGGGGAGGGAGAAUCCUUAAUGAUUUGGCAAUGACUAGGUGUGCAGUCCACACCUCCAGGGCCAGACUGCCCAUGAGGCACACUGAAGCAGCCACUUUGGGUGGCAAAAUCUUGUGGGGCAGCACUCCCAUGGGUUCCCAGGAGAUCUCACCAGAAGCUGCCACAGCUGCACAACCUCAGUAAGUGAGGCGGGGGCUGCGAAAUGGGAUGGCUCAUUCCUAUGUGCUGCACUGCCAUGCCAUGACUCCCCCAGCCUGGCAAACCUCUGAAGUACAUGAAAUCAGGGGCACUGCAGCUAUGGCCCAGUAGCUGUGGAGUCUUUGCAGAGGCUGCUUUGACUGAAUAGAGCCACCACAAAAGCUUCCAGCAGCUGGAAUCCAUAAAAAAUACAGCAGCAGCAAAGCAUUAAUGGCAUCCAUAGAAGCACUUCACUCUUGCAAGGCUUGUGGACAGUACUUAUGGCUGUGCUUACUUUAUGCUGCCUCUUGUUGCCUUUAUGUGACUUUAUUGCUUGCGCUUUUAUUGUACCCUGUUUGGGGAAUUUCAAAACUGAAAAGUGGUCUCUCAAUUUAACUAACCAUAACUGUAUUCAUCCCUGGUGUUGGUUCAUGGCAGUGAAUGGCACUGAAAGGUUUACUUUGCUUGAAAACUAAGCUUUUUCUCUCUCCCCCCCUUUUUUUUAGUAUACCUUGCCUAUUCUUUGGGAUACAGUGCUACAGAUUCUCCGAGGCAAAGGCAGCAUUCCUUACUGUAUGCUCCAAAUGCUGUUGAAGCUGAUAGUUCUGAUGUUCAGUACUCUGCUUCUUGUUGUGAUCAGAGUCCAGGUCAUUCAGUCACAGUUGCCAGUGUUUACAAGGUAAAAGAAAAAACAACAACACCCAGUAUAUCAUUAUGAAAUGUUACAACUUGGUGAUGAGUAAGUUUCCACCAGGUGUCCACUUGGAUUUAUUGCAGAGCUGAUAUUCUUUUAUAUUGUUUGAUUUCUCUGAAAACUAAGGUAUAUCCCUAAUUCAUGUCCUUGAGAAGAAGAUAUGUAAAGCCUGCUGGAUCAGGCCAGUGGCCAAGCUUGUCUGGCAUCUUGUUCUCACCAAAUGCCCACUAAAUCACAAUUUAGUGUUACACAAUAAGCCUCGGGAAGUCUUGGGCUUGAACAACCCCCCUCCUCUGGCAAAGCCACAAGGAAGGAUAUGAAAGGUUUUGUGUACAUUUUAGAUUAACCACAGCUUUCCAUGCUGGCUAAUCUUUACUUAUUCUUGCUAACCAUAGUUAUGAUAUGAAGAGAUCUUAUUUUCAUUGACUGUAGUAGAGAUUAAUAACCACAGUUUCGGGUUCAGGCAGCAUGCCUGUUAACUGUGGUUAAUCUAAAACCGAAGUGGAAGCUUCCAGUCUCAUUGCAAAUACACUAGGUCAUGGCCAGUUCUGUCAGUGCAGAUGGAAUAAAACAACUUUUUUAAUUAAAGGGAGCGUUUUCAGAAUGCUAGCCAUUCUUUUGCAAGUGACCUUGUUCUUGAUGACAGGCUGCAUGGCUGAUGUGUGUUUCUGACAGAAGCACAGUUCUACACUAGUAGCUCAUGCUAUUGAGACAGAAUGUAUGAGGCAGAUUGAUUAUAUUUUAUAGUAGUUCAGGUGGAUAAGAAUGCAGCCGGACAACGACUAGGCUAUCUCUUUUCUUCAGUGGUUUUUGUUCUAAGGUGAGGCUCCUGAAGGAGUUGCUGGGGGAACAGACAGGCCUCAACUUGACCUCUACUUGUGACUCAUUAUUAGGCAAUUGCAAAGACUUGAAGGCAAAGGGACUUACACACAGGGUGUUAGAAAUCAGAAGGCACAUGUAGCCUCCCCCUUGCAGGCCAGAUGUACUCUUGCAUGAUUCACUUGUGGACUUCAGUAUACUCUGAGGUUCUCCUUAAUCCAUUCUGGUCGCUGAUCAGCAGUGAGAAGGAGUAUACACUGUCAGAUUCACUUAACUGUUAUGGCCCAUGGCUUACCUUUGUUAAUCUUGGCAAAGCUUGAACAAUUAUGGAGUUGGAGUUUUCAAGAUUUUUCUCCUCCAACUUUUCUUAUGGCAAAUUACUAUGAUUUAAGUUCAGAAUCUGCUGUUCUUUGCAGUGUCUUGGGAUCUCCUGUUACUCAGAACGGUUUAAAACAGAACGUUUGUUGUUGCUUUGAACUAGGUUUGAUAACCCAGCUGCUGUCAGUCCAUCUCCUGCAAGGCAGCUGACUUUCAACUACCUCCUUCCUGUGAAUGCCUGGCUGCUUCUUAAUCCCUCGGAAUUGUGUUGUGAUUGGACAAUGGGCACCAUACCAUUGGUAGAAUCUCUUCUAGACAUCAGAAAUGUUGCCACCAUAGCCUUCUUCUGCUUUUUGGGAACAUUGCUCAUCUUCAGUCUCCGCUAUGCUGGAGAUUCUUCCAAGACUGUGUUGAUGGUAAGUGAUGUCUCACUGUGAUUUAGAAUUGAAAUGGAAGAAUGGUCCAUGACCAGAAUUCACAGGAGAAAAUCAUCUUGGCUAUUCUUUCAGACAACCCUUCCCCUCCUCCAGUCUCCUGGUGCCUGUCUCCAUCCUGCCACUGUACCUGAAAAUAUUAAUAUUCAGAUGAUAAUGGAAACUUUUUUGCAGGUUUCUUCAUGAAUCUGAUUCUGAGAAGCUCUUUAAGUCUAACACUAGACGCAUCAAAGGGCCCUGAGUGCCAGAAAAUGAAGAUGCAUUAGUCCUGAUAGAAUGAUUCCUUAAAGUGCUGCUUAAACUGGUUAACAGGGAAAUCCAUUUCCUUCCUUUUAGAGCCUUUGGGUAUGCGCUGUGUUCAUACACCUUUUAGGGGCCAUGCACCAGGGACUUGCACUGCCAGAUUCCAUUGCUUCAUAUUAAUUGAUCCUUGCUACAUAUGUGCUCAUUCACCUCCACUACCUUGCUUCCUUUGUUAGACCAUUUUGUGUUCAUUCACUGACACGUGGGUCCUUUUGGACCUGGAAAAGGGUAGAAUGGGCUUACAUGUGGUCCGCUGAUGAAUGCAAGGGCUAGGAACAGAACCCCUAAAUUAACUCUCUUUUAUAUAUUUGUUACCACCACCUAGUAGGUCCUAACUUUCUAUUAUUUAGCAUGACAACAUAUCAAGCUGAGUUAGAUCAGUGCUCCUAAGAAUGUUAUUGGUAACCAUCAAAUUGGUACAUUGUAUAGCUAUAGUUUAAGGUUCCAUGGUAUGUAGUGUUUGUCAAUAGUUUGCCAUUCAUUUGCCUCAUUUUUCAGCGUGUCUCUAACUUUGCACUGUCUGCUUUGCAGUGUAUUUUCGUGACUGCCGAUUUCCCCCUCUACUCUUAUCGCCCCUUGUAAUGUCUCCCUCCCCUCCCCCUCGGUAAUGUGUUCACGCAAUGUGGGCCAUGUUGGCAGCAAAGUUUUUUUGUCAGGUUACGACGACAUCAUGCCAGUAGCACUAGGAACAGUGUGAACAUUAGGACAGGAUGAUUUUUUCUCUCUCUCCCCCACACGCUCAUUCUAGGGAUGAAUCAAAAUUUGUGAACAGCAAGGAUGCUGGCAGCUGCUCUAUUACUUGUUAACAGCCAUCCCUGCUACGGAAAUGGUGUGAGAAUUCAAACAAAAUUCAAUAUAGGAGCAGUCCCCAGGGCGAUUCAGGACUCUUGAGUAGGCAUGUCUUGCAAUCUGGAUCAGCUGAAGCCAUAACAAGAUUUUUCUUCCGUUCAUUUUACAGCUCACUUGUUCUACAGAUUUGAUAAAGUGUGCUGUUGGUCAUGGUUUCGGUAGAACUGAAGGCAUGCCGUUUGCACUUCAAAAUUAUUGUUAUUUUACUAUGAAUGUCAGAGUGCCAAAGAAGAAAGGUGGUGGUAAAGAAAUGUAGUGAAUAAUACAUUAUAUGAAUAUAUGCACAAUUUGCAAUUCUAGCUAGUGUUUGUGUGUCUUUUUUUCUUUUGCUUUUUUUAGGCACUUUGUUUAAUAGUGUUGCCAUUCAUCCCAGCCUCCAACCUUUUUUUUCCUGUUGGCUUCGUAGUAGCAGAGCGAGUGUUGUAUGUUCCCAGCAUGGGAUUCUGCAUGCUAGUAGCCCAUGGGUGGAAAAAGCUCUCAAGCAACAGGUAGGUUAAAAGUUACGGCUUGCGGGUGAGAAUGGGGUUCACGGGGCAAUUUAAUGUUGUGCCGUUGCAUGCAUGGCAGCUGUCUCUGUGGCUCAAGCUCUUAACUCGCUUUACCAUCUUUUUCCAUUAACAUGAUUAGCAAAGUCAUGGGUUAAUGUGCCCUUAUGUGUCAUUCCAUUUGGCCAGGAGGCCAUUUUUGUGGAUAUCCCGUGACAAAUGUGACAACUGCGACUCUGUCCUUCAAUAUAAGAAUAAAGCUCCAACAAUAAUUAUUAUCAAUAUUUAAGAAUUUAUAACCCACUCUUUCUAAAGAUGCGGCUUGAACAAAAUCAACACAGUACAAAAUAAUACCAUUUUUAAACGUCUGAUGAAAAUCUCUCAGUUGUAUGCAGUGUGCAUAGCAUGAAAUUGCCUUGUUUAAAAUGUAAAAAUAUUUUGAAUGUAGCUAUUUAGUAAUUUGCAAUGGACACCUAUGUUUGCCUACCCACCAUUGCGUUCAGUGAGGCUUACUCACUGGAAAGUGUGCACAAGAUUGCAACCUUAAAACACUCUUUUAGGCAGCAAUCUUAUACACACUUACCUGGAAGCAUGUCCACGUGAACUCAGUGGCGCUGAGGAUUACCCUGUUAAAUCAGUCUUAUAAACAAUUCUACAGAAGUUACUAGCCUGCAGAAAAUGUUCACUAGCCUUGGGAUUGAUGGAGGAAAGACAGGCAGCUCCAUCUCUUUUGCAGCAGCCCACUACAUUUUUUUAAAUGGUUGGCAUGGAAUGCUUCCCUGGCCAUUCACUCUAUUCCUCCUGUAAUAUGUUUGCCUACAUGCAGUCACUUUGACUACCAGGCAAGUGCUUAAAUGCAAGGCUGUAUAAAAUGGUAAAUACCCUUCUGAAAUGAAAAGUUACUCUGGAACUUACGCUGGAAUGUACUGCAAAAUAUUUCAAAAUGUUUAACCUCUUUUUUGCCCACCACAGCAGUUCUUCCAUAGUCCAGUAGUGAAGUUAACCCCAUUAUGUUAUCUAAUAAGUAUUUGUUGAAAACAAUCUUUAGUACAUCCUACACAAUGAGUAAAUCCCCCCCCCCCUUUUCUCUUUCCCUUGGUUCCCAUAGCUAUUAUGUAUUUGUGUUUGCUUCAUAUAAUUUUCCACUAAAUAUGAUAAAUGGAUCUUUUUAAAUAUUUGAUUGAGCACUUCUUAUAAUUGAAACAUCAUGUGGCUAUUAUAAAAUGGUUGUGUUUUCAAUUUGAAAACAGAACUCCUGCUUUUCCAUAAGUUGGAACAAGGAAGGAAAAGCAGAUUGGGGAGUCGUCUCCAUUGUAGUUUAACUGUACAGCUUCGUGAGGCAUGAUUUAAAAUCCAUACUUGUCUAAAAGAGUAAUUUCCUAAAAUACAUCUCACUAGCUGACAUUAUAGUUUAGGGAUCACUAACCCAUUGCCCACAGGCACCAGGUUGGUGGCCCUUGUGUAUUAAUGGCUGGCACUUCCUUUGUCCAUAGAAGAGUUUUUCUAAAUGGGGAAGAGGAGAGGUUUGAAUAUUGUGGGUGGGAUGAGAUUGAGAGAGGUUCCCUGUGGUACAGAGGGAAAGAGAGAAGUGUGUGUGUGGUCUUUGUGGGAAGGAGGUGUGGCGUGUGAGAGAGGAAAAGGCGUAAAUGGUAAGUGAGAAAUGGUGUCUAUGAGUGUGGUCUGUGAGAGACAGGGAGACAUGUACGGGCAAGAGCAAGUGAGUGUGGUAUGGUCACCUCGUAUCAAUCUCUAUUAUGAUUGAUCAACCCCAAGCCUGUGCAUCUUUUGUAUAUUUUUCCUGGUAUUGAGGUAUGCUUCUUCCUGAUAGAUGGCAAUAGCAUUGUUGUGGGGAGGGGGACCAUAUUGUAUGACCCCCACACACACAAAGUCAGGACCAGCUGGACAUAGGUGACUUCCUAUGGAAGCUUGAGGUUGUCGUAGGGGCAGUGAGGAUCAGCAAGGACUGUAUUUACCCUAAUUUGUGUUGGGGAACUGUUGCAUUAUAGAUUAUGGUAGUCCCAUCCAUGGUAGGGAAACAGGGUCCACCAGUUUGCGCAUUGCCACCUGUGUCCUUUCUGUGUGCUGAAGAGCACAAGGGCACUUUCCCUGCAAACAGGGACCCUUCUUGCUUUGAACCUUAUUCCAAGGAUUCCAGUAGGCAAGGAACCCUUCUUGAAUCCUUGCAAUAUCCCUAUCCUCUCAAUAUCCCUGCCCUGAACUGAGCCACAUGGUCACCCUGCCUGCCCAUUUUCCUAUAUAGGACAAAGAAGGGGCCUUAGCCUUCAUACGCCACAAUAAUGUGUGUGCAUGCACAAUACCUCCAUUGACACAAAUGGGAAAGCAUGAGCAGGAGAUCUAUAUCUACACCUCAGAUGCGCACACAGAGAGAGAUCUCUAGAUCAGGCUUUGUGUUCUCAAACCAAGAGUCAGAUAUGUUUUCAACAUCUCUUUGAAAGAGCCAUAAUUGCUUUCCCACAUUGUACUUGGUGUGAAGGUAUUUGUUACAGCUUACUAAUUACACUUCUAGCCACGCUAAUCCUAAUAAUUAGUCUCAGAUCUUUUUAUAUCAAAGAAACAAAUGAUUAAUUUUGUUUCUCUCUUACAUUGCUCUCUCUUUUUAAGAAUGAGAACAAAGAAAAUGUAAAUUAGGUGUAUCUAAGGAGAAUCUGUUCCAGCUUGACUUUACUGGAGGGGGAGAUACUAUCAGUUGCUGAUUCCCCCCCUCCCAACAGAUUUUUAAUCAUUAUUAUGAAAUGAGUUGCAGUUUAUUAGGUAAUUAAAAUUCCUUUUCAAAAGUACAUUUUCAUAAUAUCAGGGGCUAUAUAUAGACGCAGAGUAAUAUCUGUGAAUACCAAACAUGCUCUCUAGCCUUAAUCAUUUGAAUCCGUCUUAAGAGCUUAGCAAGAUGUAAAAUAGCACAUCAUUUUGGUAAUUUAUUUCAUUUUCCCCCAUGAGUGCGGAAGAUACCAUAAAUCCAUCAGCAGCCUUGACAUGUACAUGAACAGAGGCAUGUAAAUUGCAAUACAUGCUUCUGAUGGGAUCACAACCACAGUGAAUCAAUACAUGGCAAGAAUUUUGAAUCUGUGGCACAGUGAUGCAGUUUUCACCAAGCGUUGUUCUGAUUCCAGCCCCGUGUGAAUUAUACCAGCAGCUGUUGCUUAACCGGUUAUUGUCUCAGCACACAAACAACACGGUAGAUGGUGGAAUAUGAUAGUUGUGAUCUACCUUUGAAAUCCACUCUCUACAUGUUGUGCUUCUCCAACUUCUUAGUGCAUUAUUCAGUGUUGCCUAAACAUUGCUCAAGCUCUCUGUCCUUUGAUAUUAAAAGCAAGGUGAUCAUUAUCUAUUGACAAGGAUCAGCAUGGAAGUUUCAGUACUUAGGGUGACAUCUGUGUGUAGUUGCCCUUGUCCGCCUCCAUGCCCUCUCUCAAAUCUGUUGCAGACUCUGGAGCAGAUGUUAAGGUUGCAGUGGGUGGGAAGUGGGCACUACCCUAAAAUUAAAAGAGGCACCCAUUAAUGUCACAUUUAAAUUUUCAGUGGUAUUUUCUUACUCAUUAUUUAAAUUAUAAAUCACCUGUUCUUUCCCCUAUUCUGAUUCCCACCCUUCAGAUGAAUGGUCUGUUUCCUUUUGCUUUGCCUUUUGCACCUUCACAUUUAGUGCUGUUUCUCUAACUUCCCUUCAUAAACUAACCUCAUCCUCCCUGCUCUUCUGCUGCUACCGCCUAAUUGUUGUCUGCCCUCUCUCCUGCUGCUCAUGGUCCCUUCUACUGUUUACCCCCUAUUAAUGUCUUGUCUGUGAAUUAUUUAGAUUACCUCUUGGAUGAGGACUAUAAAACCACAGAAUUUCUGGAAUGACAUUAGCAGCAGAAUUAUUGGUAUUGGUCCAUGAAGCACAGUAUUAGUGCUGGUAUUUUUUAAUCUGGAAAAGAGUAUCAAUAAGAAAUCACACAAGGAAUAACUUUUACAAAAGCAGCAGAAAUACCUUACUGCUAUUAAAUGUCCCAAACCAUUAACUUUUCUUUACAGAAAUCUAGUCAAAUGUUUCAGAUUGCUGUUUAUUUGUUGUGUAGGCGGACGUCUUCAUUAAUUUGGCCAUUACAGCUAGAUUCCAAAUCUUUGAAAGCCGUUAUCUGACAGUUGGAGGAUUAAGAGUCCUGCCAUUUGUGGGGAGUUAAGAUUAUAGCCACAGUUCGUAGACGUCAAGCCAGUUCACAAUUCUCUCAACACAGAGAGCCUUCCAAGCAUCCUAACAAAAUCCUCAGAGAAUUGAAUGAAAGGAUAUAACCAAUUAUAGCAUUAAGAGCAGAAAUGACUUCUGAAAAGUCUUAAUCCCCAGUUUGAAGGGUGGAUAAAAAUCAGCUGCAGGUUCAGAACAUUUCGGGCACCUUAACAUCCGUAUUUUAUUUUGCUUUGUUUCCAAGCUGUUUGAAACUAUGUGGGCAACUCCAUGCGGCAGGCUCUGUACUCUAGUGGGGAACUAAGUGUGAAUAGGUGGAGUAAAUGCAUGACUCUGAUGGGGGUGGGUGGGGGUGGCUAAGAAAGUAAGAUGGGGCAAGUCUGGUAUUUGCUUGCACGGUUGGGGUGUCUAUUAUCCAGUGAUAGAAAUGGAAUUAAAUGUAUUUUUCCCACCUUUUCCCCCCCAGUGUCCUAAGAAAGCUAUCCUGGGUUUGCCUCUCUCUGGUGCUGUUUAUCCAUGCCUUAAAAACCUUGCACAGGAACUGGGACUGGGAAUCGGAAUAUACACUGUUCAUGUCUGCCUUGAAGGUACAAUAUUGCGAUUCCAACUUUCUCUUACUUCUCAUCAUAGAAAAGAACUUCAGAUCUGUAAAAACCCUGUUGGGUGUGUUCUGUACAGUGGUGCCCAGGAUGACCAAAUUCUGUUGGUGUUUUUUUUCUUCAAAUGUGAAACUCUGAACUUCAUAUCUAAAAGUCCACAUCCAAAAAUAAAAUUGCAUUAUGGCUUCUUACAGAUAGUUCAUUUAAAACCCAGAAAAGGUUCCUCAAUUUAGCCCCUUAAUAUAGUGUUGAAUUGAAAUCUGAACUUCUAAAGAGGGUUGUGUUGGAUAUAUCUGUUGUUUGAUAGGUAAAGCUAUUGGGGAAAAUACAAGAUUCAGUUUAAAUCCAAAUGGAGUCUCUAUAGGAAGAAAGUAGAUAGAGGAGUCAGAUUUCCCAAGUGCACACAAAAUACAUUUAGGGUGAAAGGAUACCUGGAUAUUACAGGGAAACAUUGUUGUGCCUGCCCCUGUUUUAGAUUUAACGGACUGCUACAGGCAUUUUCUGCACAAGCCACUAGGGAAUAUGUGUGUGCAUUGCUGUAAUCCACCAUGAGUUAAAAAAAAUCAUUUUUCUGUUAUGAGUUCUGUAGAUUUUUUUCUCUGCAUUGAGUAGCUCAGUUUCAAAAGUCCUUUGAAGUUACAGUGCACACAUGGAACUCCCAUGUAUGAAAGACGGUCCUACACAGACAGGUACAGUGGUACCUCAGGUUACAUACACUUCAGGUUACAGACUCCACUAACCCAGAAAUAUUACCUCGGGUUAAGAACUUUGCUUCAGGAUGAGAACAGAAAUUGUGCUCUGGUGGCGUGGUGGCAGCGGGAGGCCCCAUAAGCUAAAGUGGUGCUUCAGGUUAAGAACAGUUUCAAGUUAAGAACGGCCCUCUGGAACGAAUUAAGUACUUAACCUGAGGUACCACUGUACUUAAUUGAGUACAACCCUACAUCAUAGUGUGCACCAAACGACUUCCACAAGUGCAGUAGAACUACCCUUCCUUCCUUCCUUCCUUCCUUCCUUCCUUCGCUUCCUUGCACACCACCUGCCAUACCCCCCAAAUCUACUCCAGAGUGUUGGAACUCCAGAGCAGAUUAGGGGGACGAUGACGUGGGGGGAGAGAGAGGGAAAGUGCCCUUGUGCUUGGAGAAGUUACUCCAUGAGGAAAAUUAUUUGGUUGGACAUGGGUGUUAUCCAGUUCCCCUCCACCCACUCCAAGGGAUUUGGCAGAUAGGCUAAUGCUUUCACAAAUCAAAAAAAUUGCAUUACUUAAAUUUGUAUGGCACAUGCCUCUGUUGGAUGCACUUAAGUUUGUUUCUCUGUGGUCAGGUAAAUAAGAACAAUGCUAAACUCUGGAAUAAUGUGGGCCAUGCUUUGGAAAAUGAAAAGAAUUUUGAAAGGGCGUUGAGAUUCUUCAUACAAGCCACCCAAGUGCAACCCGGUGAGUUUGGAAACAAUUUUCUGGAGGGACUGGCCAGGAAAUAAAGAUUGUACUCUGUCUUUGCAUAAUUACAGACUGCUUAAUACUGUGAAGUCAUAGGGGGUCUGUAUUAUUUACGAGGGUGUAUGGCUGGCUAGCUUAUUUUGUAUCCUCAGUUCAACAAUAGCAAUAUUUCAAAAAGGUAUUGAAAGGGGUUUUCUCUGUUUCACCUAGCUAUUGAGAAACUGUAUUGUAAAACAGUAUUAGCCACGUGUUCUCCCAGAGAAGACAAUCACACCAUGCCUUUAUUCUGCAACGUUUGGUUCGUUUUCCAGCUUGUCUUGUGCCUUCAUAGCUGGAGAGUGUCUAGAGUGGAGAUGAUCAAACAAACUAUGGUUAAGGAAAGAUGACAGCAUUGCACAUUCCACCAAGCCAUAGUUAAAAUGAACUAAGGUUUGUGAGCCAAUAGGAAACCAUGUCUUCAGAUUUUGGUUCUUUGGUCGCAAACAUAUUUAAGCCACUGGGCUGGGUUUGGACAAUCGAACAAGCCUAGGGUUGUUGUUUUUUAGCAAACAAUGGUUUUAUGUUGUAUGAGAACCAGGCAAUUGUAUUCAACCAUACUUGGCAUAGAUGUAUUCUGAAUAAAACUUGUGCCUGUUUAUUCUAUCUUCGGGUGCCAUUUAACAUUAUUCCCAAGGCAAAUGUUUUUAGGGGAAAAGAAAUAUGAAUAUUUGUUUCUUUACAUGUGAAGAUGAUAUUGGUGCCCACAUGAAUGUAGGAAGGACUUAUAAAAACUUAAACAGAACCAAAGAAGCUGAAGAAUCUUACUUGAUUGCAAAAUCAUUGAUGCCACAAGUAAGUAGGACAACAGUUCUUCAAAUGUACUUUCAGUAGAUCCGGAAUAUCAUUUUAAAAGCAGCAGUUUCUUCUUCCUUUUCAUUAAUUAUUUGUGCGGAUUACAGCAUCCUGACUUAACCUUUCCGUUAUCUUGGAAAAAUGUAUAAAAUUGUGGUCAAAAGAAGCUAUGCAUUUAUUUGCACAAUUCAUCAAGAUCCAGAAUUUCAUUCGCUUUUGUACAGUGUGGAGCAGCAAAUCUUUGAAAGCCUGCCCGAGUGGUAGCAGUGGAACUUAACUCUGUUCUGCUUCCUAAAAUUUCUGCAUUCCUUUAAAAAAAUUACAAUGAUGCAGUCUAGAUAUUGCCUGCAGGUCAUUCACUGCAUGGCUCUGCAAUGACAUGUUUACUUUUGGUGCAAAUGGAAGUAGCUCUUUCUUUACAAAUAAUAAUAUUUUGAGAUAUAUCUUCGUUUAAGCAGUUUUUAAAAGAUAUACAUAAACCUGCUAUUUUUACUACAUAGCCCUGGUUUGCAGGUCACUUUAAACCAUAGUUAAGAUUAACCACAGCUGAAAGGUGAAUGGGCAAGCAUACUGGUACACAGGUUGAAAAUCGUAGUCCCUGCUGCUGGAAGCUAAGUUAUUAUUUUCCUUAGUGUUAGACACAAAGCCAGAUUUGUGGUUUCUCUCCAAAAAAAAUGAGCUGUAACCAAGGUUUUGUUUUGGGCUCACUGCUCAUGAUUUGUCAAGGGAAACAAACUAUGAGCUUCGGUUCAGAUGCUAAGCCAAGCCAUGUAGCAGAAGGGAAGAGCUGUGCACCAACAUGCUGUGUCCUUCAACCCUUAAACUAUAGCUAAACCUAACUAUGGUUUAAAGAUAUGUGUGGACACUGUCGCUGAUCUUGUCAAAAUAAAUUUAAAAAAUUAAAAAAUUGUCCAGUAGCACCUUAGAGACCAACUAAGAUCUUGUCAUUCAGCUCAAUUUAAUGCCUUCAAGGCCUAAGAACAGUUUCUUCUGCUGUCAGAUUAUUCCAGGUAAAAAAUACGCUGCCCGAGUCGCUCCUAACCACCUGAAUGUUUAUAUCAAUCUUGCAAACCUGAUUCGAGCGAAUGAGUCUCGCCUUGAAGAAGCAGACCAGUUAUAUCGCCAAGCCAUUAGCAUGAGGCCAGACUUCAAACAGGCGUACAUAAGCAGGUAUUUAUUAUGUUUUGAGAUAUUUCCAGACAUUCAUUAAUGUAAGCAAAAUAGUGUGCUGUGAAUAAGGGGGCAAGGUAUAUUGCUUUAAGACAUCUCUCAGCUGGGCAAGAGGGUUAUCUCUUUAUAACCUUGGGCCUUGAUCAGAAGAGAGUGCCUCAUAACCUACUAUAGUCUUUGCCAACCUGGUGCCCUCCAGCCAUUUUGGACUACAGCUUCCAUCAUCCCCACCUAGCAAUGGCUGCCCUACUGCAUAAUAAUGUUGUCCUUCACACAGUUUUUUUGCUCCCUCAGCUUCCCAGGAACCUGGUCCCCAUUUCCAUUGACUACCUCCUGUAACAAUCGGCUUUGGCAAGAUGCAUAGGUGUGAAAGGUUCAGGUUCAAAGUUAUUGGAGCAGGAAAACAUUUCACAUUUCCCUAAGUUUCAAAGGAAAGGUGUUAGAGUACCAUCAUCUACACCGGUCACUUAAAACAAAAAGUUUUGACCUUAUGAUUCAGCAUCAACAAAGAUGCAUAGUUAGAAUUCCCUACAGAUGUAUCUCCUUCUUUGCAGGAAAUACCCUUGCACACAGCCAGAGCAGCACACCAUUAUCCGUCCAUAUUUAGCGUUAGAUUCUGGACAGAGACAUGUUUAAAGUUCUUGGUGUAGACUUGUCAUAACACUACAACUUAUUUUUUGAGAUGAUCUGGGAAAGAAUACAUGUCCAGUCUCAAGGGCUUUCCCCUGUACACUGGGUCUAACUCCAGCCCCGUGACUGCUUGGAUAACACAAAGGAACUAUUUAGAAUGAGCAAGGAAUGUACUGCUUUAGCCAGCCAAGCUGGAUGGGUUCUCCUUUUGCAUCUGGUUGUAGCUCUUCAUCCUGUGUACACUUCAGAUAAUAAUAAAACAAAGGAGUUCAUGGGCUUGGAAUGCACUCUUGAAAAGGCCAGGCUGGGCAUUCCUUCUCCUUCCAGAAUGCUAUUAAGAAAUGGGAACAGAACCUUUUGGCACUUAAGAAGCUGACUAAAUGCAUCAUGAGCAAAAUAGGACAGAGGUGGGGAACCUGUGCCCCUCCAGAUGUGGUUGAACACCCAUCAGCCCUAGCCAGUAUGGCCAGUGGUCAGACAUAGUGGAGUCCAGAGAACAUCUGCAGGGAUUCUCUGCCUCCAAAAUUGACUCUUGAAGGGUGUAACUGCAAGAGUGGGCAAGCACAUAGAUCAGCCAUGUCCAACCUGGUACCCACCAUGGUCGUUGUGGGACUGCAAAGCCCACCACUCCCGAUCACUGGCCAUGCUGCCUGGGGUUGAUGGAAGUUGAGGUUCAAAACAUCUAGUGGGCACCUGGUUGGGAAAGCCAGCCAAUGCUCAUGUUGUUCAUUUCUUUUAGGGAUGUGUAAAUCUGUUCUAUAAAUUGGUCUAUGUUGAUCUCAAGUAACAAAGGCCCCCUUUUCAACUUGAGAUCUUGUUCUUCUAAAGAACCUGAAGAUGGGGGGCCAUCCAGCUAGUCUCUCACUCUGGAAACUCUGCGUCUUACUUUGUAUUCAAAAGACGUCAGACUCAUUGAGUUUGAUUCCUCAACAGGGGCGAACUGCUUCUGAAAAUGAACAAACCUCUGCAAGCCAAGGAAGCAUACCUUCGAGCCCUCGAACUGGAUAGGAGCAAUGCAGACCUGUGGUAUAACUUGGCAAUUGUUUACAUUGAACUGAAAGAUCCGACGGAAGCUCUGAAGAACUUCAACAGGGCAUUAGAACUGAAUCCUAGUCAUAAACUAGCACUAUUUAAUUCUGCACUACUAAUGCAAGAAUCCGGUAUGUGUGUGUGUUCACUUAAAACUCACAAAUGUAUUACGUGCACACCAAGGGCUGUGUUAUGUUUCUUAGUACUCAGCUAUGCAGCUGCAAAUAUACAAAUGUGACUCUAGAUGGUGAUGGUGAGCUGUGGCAAAUUCAAUAUAUUUUUCAAAACAUUUUGUUUUUUUAAAAAAUAUUUCCACAGUGUUUUUUUAUAUGUGUGUAGAUUCCACCUUAGCUUGACACAGAGCACAUGAAUACAAAACAGACACUGAACCCCUUUAAAAGGUGCAUGAGCAGGACAAUGUUUUAUCUACACCUCAAAGUACAGCAACAAAUGGUGCAAUUAGUACAGUUGGCAGUGUUCAAUGAUGUCUCCUCCGCUGAUAGAGAACAUCAGUUGGUGAAGGAGGGUGUAAAGAUGAUUUCCAGUGAUUUCUCCUCGUCCCCACCCCAUUCCCUCCCUAAACCUGCUCCAGAGGGUGCUGGGACCAUCCAGAACAGAUUGGGCUGGGCAGAAGCAGGAGUUGCAAAAAAAAUUCCUUUCCAUCCAUGGAGGAGACAACAUUGAAUUCUCAUUCUUUUCAGCUUCAACACCCUUGCAUGGUUAAGUAAAUCCUGAGUACUAUUCCAGUUUAGAUUUAAUACUAAUGUGUUAAAUGUACUCAGUACUAUAAAUGUACUCAUGGCCUUGCCUACAGCAUAAGUUUUCUUCCCCCUUUAGGCUCAGUAUGCCCAUAGCCCCCCUAAUCCCUCUUAUUAUUCACUGGGGGGUUCUGGUGAGUCUUUUAUUCCUCCAGAACAAAAUCUCAGACUCUUCUCAUCAUAGGGCACCCAUGGACACCAUGUGCUGUGUUUGACUGCCAUUUUCUAGUUACUGAACCCCUCAGAAUUCUGUAUUCAUGGCAUUCACAUCUCUCCUGUCAUUAGUGACCUUGUAGAAAUCACUUCCUCUUCGGGUCCAAUUUUAUGGGUCUGGUGUGCUGCAAUGUCUUCCUGCAAUGUCCUCCUUUUGCAUUCAAAGUCAGUUGCUGUCAGUCAUUCACUGAGGCUCUGUCUCUCCUUCCUCCCAUUAUUAUUAUUAUUAUUAUUAUUAUUAUUAUUAUUAUUUUACUGGAAAACAGAGCAUGCACAGCAUGCAGCUAAAACUACAUAGUGAUCACUUUCGUUUUGAAUAUAUUCAUGUUGUGUAUUGUCACAGCUGUGCAGCAAAAGGACAAUUUCAUAAUACUUUUCUCCCUCUUUCCUUUAGGUGAUGCUAGACUUAGGCCGGAAGCUAAGAAAAGACUUCUAAAUUAUGUGAAAGAAGAGCCUCAUGAUGCAAAUGGCUAUUUCAACUUGGGCAUGCUUGCAAUGGAUGACAAAAAGGAUGCUGAGGCGGAAACCUGGAUGAAAAAAGCCAUAAAGCUGCAGCCGGGCUUCCGAAGCGCUCUGUUCAAUUUGGCCCUGCUUUACUCCCAGACUGCAAAGGAGUUGAAAGCUUUGCCAGUUCUGGAAGAGCUGCUAAGAUACUACCCUGAUCAUACCAAAGGUUUGAUCCUGAAGGGAGACAUUUUGAUGAACCAAAAGAAAGAUAUACGGGGAGCUAAGGAGUGUUUUGAGAAGAUUCUGAAAAUGGACCCUAACAACGUACAAGGGAAACACAACCUUUGUGUGGUUUAUUUUGAGGAGCGGGACUUGAUCAAAGCGGAGAAGUGUUUGGUGGAGACUCUGGCCUUAGCGCCGCAUGAGGAAUACAUCCAGCGUCACUUGAGCAUAGUCCGAAGUAAAAUCGCUUUGCUCGGUACCGGAGAAGCAGCUACCCUUCCCUCGGAAAAGACGACAGCUUCAGAGGGAGGGAAAACCCCUCCUGAAGACUUGAAAGGGGCAAAAAAUGAAAACUUGAAAGUGGCCAAAAAUGAACAGAGGAGCUCUCGGACCACAAACAGUGACAGCAACAAAGGGCAGGCGAAGCCCAAGAAACAAGGGGAGAAGAACACCACAGACAAAGAGACGAAAAAGAAGUCUACAAAAGAAAUCAAAGACAUUGAGAAAAAAAGGGUUGCCGCUCUGAAAAGACUAGAAGAGAUUGAGCGUAUAUUGAAUGGCGAAUAAUUUCUUGGGAAUACCUCCAGUGCCGGAGGUUUUUUGCACCUACUUCCGGGGUUCUGUGCGCCUGUGCGUCUUAUGUUCAGUCAGUAUGACUGCUAGGCAGCUUUUGAAUUUGGAAAGAAUACUGAAACCAUAUCAUCUUUAAAAAGAAAUGCAGGAGAAGGCUGUUCCUACUACACAAAGAAAUAAUACUUCGUAAAAAUAAUGGAUUUUAAUCUAAUGUUUUUGGUUUAGGCUUUUGAACAUAACUGACAACAUGGGGAUUUCCCAGGUACAGCACCUGCAGUUCUAAUGCUGCUGUUGAGAACUGCAGGCCGAGUCACAGGAAGCAAGCUCUGCUGAACUCCAGUGGUGCUUGCUUCAGAGUAAACCUGCUUAGGUCCAGGCUGCAAAUUACUAGCAAUCAGGUAUCUUCAGUUCUUCGUGUCCUCUAAAGAACUGUCAAGUGCUAGAAGGCAAUUUUUUAACAGGGGUACCUCAGGUAUGAUGGCUUCCAGGCUGACUGUAAGGGAAAUUCACUGGUGCAAAUGAUUUAAGAACACAGCUUUCGUUUGGAUAACUUUCUUUGCUUGGGUUUACUCAUCAAGUCAUUGGUGAUUUUUAUAGGUAUUAAGUUAUGCAUCAUACAGUCCAUUUCUACCUACACCCUGGAAUUACAGGCAUUCCAGAAUGUGUUGAAGGUUAACUAGGAAAUAUCACUCAUGUUAUGUAUGUGCAUGCAUGCAUUUUGUAGUUUUUUCAGUCCUGCGCAGAUCAUAUUAAAGGUGCAGCGGUCCGCUAUGCCGGGAGGGGGGACAUCCCUGCAAAAACCCCACAGAGGUUUGUAUUCAACAGUGACACUAAGUUGACGCUAAGGGUUUCAUCAGUGGAGCAGAGAGAGAAGCAAUUUUCAACUGUUUCCCUUCCCCCUAAAGCCCCAUCCUUGUGUCACUCACUGGGGUUUGCAUUGGGAAGGGAGAUUGCUGAAACUUGCCUGCCUUCCCAUUCAGCCUUACUCCCAGCUGAGUGGCUCCACUGAAUAUUAUUCAAGUUUAUUGAAAUUCCCUGCCCCUUAUGCUAUUUAUUGCAAUCCUAUGGAGCUCUUACGUUUUAGAAACAAAUGUGAUUGUUUCUCAACAGCCCCCGGCCAUGCUGUAGGGAAUCACUUUGUGUGAAUCCAGUGUGCAAAAUUUUGUGGGUUUUCUUUUUCCCCUUUGCUUUUCAAUUAAGCAAUAUUUGUGGGGCAUCCUGUGCUUUUAAGUUUCUCACAAAUUGACUCCCAAAAUUUUAUGGAUUGCAAAACAUCACUACUCAUUAUUUUAUUUUUUGCAAUCACUAUAAAUGUGCUUUAACUUUUUGACAUAAACCAGUGCUUGUCUGUCUAAGGUUGCAAUCCUGCGCACACUUCCUUGAGAAUAAACCCCACUGGACUUAAUUGGGAAGAUCCGUAGCUCAGUGGCAGAGCACAUCAUUUGCAUGCAACAGGUCUCAAUCAGCCCCUAACAGCUGUAGGGCAGGCUGGAGAAAACCACUUCCGCAGGACACUGGAGGACCACCUGAUCAGCCUUCCCCAACCUUAUUCCCUACAGGUGGUUUUAUACUACAGCUCCCAUAAUCCCUGGCCAUUGGUCAUGCUGACAGAGGCAGAUGGGAGCUGUAGUUGAAAACAUUUGGAAGUACCAGGCUAGGGAAGGCUGUGCAGUAAAAGCACUUCCUGGUAGGAGAGAGCAUGCAACGUGUGUGGAUCAUCAUGUGUCCAUAAAGCAAAUUAUGAUGAUCACACAUACACCUAAUGUAUAUUCCAUUUGGAAAUGAUGUGUAAUCUCCAGAUUCUGCAUUGUUUCCAACCUUGAAAGACUGACUUCUGGUUUGAUUGCUAACACACUAAAUGUUUCACUUUUCAUGUCAAAAGUUCUAGGGCUUUUAAUUAAAUAUUUAUUCAGUCUGCUAAGUUUUCAAAUGGUUUCCACUAAUGACAUUGUUUUUCUAAAAUGAGUUAACCCAAUUCCUUAUAUGAAACAUGGAUUGAUAACUUCUGCAUUUUAUAUUGGUGGCUAUGCAUUCCCCCCCAUCUAAAUAUAUUGUUGGAUUGCCUAAAAAAAAUAUGCUGCUUUUUGUUUUGUUUUACUGUGAGCUCUUCAGUGUGUUCAACACUGGGAAGUCAAGAGUAAUUGACGCAAG